UCAUAUUAAUUAGAACAAGUACGUGGGAGGAAGAGAGGAAGAGACAGAAACCCACCUUGGCCAGCCUUCUCUGGCUCUAAAUCCAACGUUAACCUCCCCAAAUAGUCGCCGGAGACUUCGAAUUCUGGUCAAAUCCGCCGGAAUCCAGACGACCCGGCCCAGCCCGGUUAAUACUCGAGAUUUUUCUCUGAUUGAUAGCGUUGGAGUACGUCUUCUUGACGUUUCUUUCAUUCCAAGGAGUUAAUCUGAGUUUAUUUUAGAGGAUACCAUACGGAAUAAUAAUGCCUUCUCGUAAGAAGAUUAAGAAGAUUGAGGAGCAAGAUUUCCACAUUUCGGGACCUGUACAUCUCACACGUGCUGCUGCCUGGACAAAUCCAGAUCAGGGAAGAUGUAUCAUUGCCAGCUUGGUUCAGGGAGUCUACUGUCUAGAGUACGAUCGCCUGCGAGUACUCCAGGGGAAGCGCCAUCGCCAUGGAGCUCAAGCUCUUGCUCCACCCUGGUGGGAAUCCAUCCAUUUCCGAUUGUUUCGUGUUCUCGAAGAUGUUGACGGCUCCAUAAUCGGCGCCAUUUAUGAGUACGAGCAUGAGCAUCCACCUUCUCCCCAAAAUCCAGACGUCCCAAGAUAUGUCAUUGCCUUUCGGGGCAUAAUCAGGAAAAGGCGCAUCAUUUUGAAGGACCUGACGUCAGGCCUCGGGUGGGUCCUUAACGAGCUUCAACGGCGCUCCAGCCGCUUUCAUUGCGCAAUGCACGAGGUCCAGCAGAGGGUUGCUGUUGCCGGAGCUCAAAAUGUGUGGUUGGCCGGACACUCUCUGGGGGCAGCAAUUGCAAUGGUUGUCGGAAAGAACAUGGUGAUCAAGAAGAAUUGUUUGCUUAAAACAUAUCUUUUCAAUCCACCAUUUGUAGGCAUCCCCAUUGAUUCGCUGAUCAACGAUGAGAAAUUGAAGCAGGGCAUCCGCUUUGCAAGCACCGGCGUCAAGGCAAUUCUCAUCAAUGCUGUAGCACUAGCAGGUGAUCUCCAUCACCAACAAAGACAUGAUCAUGACUCUUUUGCUGCGGUAUCUCGCUGGCAACCUUACUUGUUCGUGAACAAAAAUGAUCCAAUUUGCGCAGGGUAUAUUGAUUACUUUCGAAAAAGAGAGGAAAUGAAGCAGAGUGGAGCUGAAACUGAAAGGAUUGCAGAAAAGAGCUCCAUUGUGAGUCUAUUCUCAAGCGCAGUGUUCGGAGGAGAUUUAGAAGCAUCGCAUCUUCUUCCCUCGGCGCAUGUAACUACUAAUACGGGUUCAACGCCAGAUGUCGAGCAAGCUCAUGGAAUUGAUCAGUGGUGGGAUCGUUUUCUUAUCAGUGAAUCCAUGCUCUAUCAGUAUCACCCCCAUUGAAUCUCAGGAGUCCAACCUUGCAAAAAUCUGCACCAACCAACAAGUUCUAUAUAUAUCUAUAUAUAUGUGUGUGUAUGUGUUUAUGUGACAAAUUAACGUGUUGUUAUGAACUUGGUUAGAUUUAAAACUAAUCAAACUUUUUGUCCU